AUGACGUCACCGGCUCCUGACGGGGGAUGGGGAUGGGUUGUGUGCGCUGCGUCUUUCUGCAUGAGUGUCUUCACAGACGGAGUGGCUUAUUCGUUCGGCGUCAUCAAUGUAGAGCUUCUCGAGUACUUCGGUUCGUCAAGGGGUAGCACUGCUGUCAUCGCAUCACUAAGCACAAGCGUUACCUUUCUUAUAGGUCCAAUAGUGUCCAUGUUUGUCAACAAGUUUGGAUGCAGAUCGGUUGCCAUAUCCGGUGCUCUAAUAAUAUUCGGCAGUCAUAUUAUCAGUGUUUUCGCUCCUAGUUUGCAGUUCCUGUAUUUUUCGUUAGGAUUUCUUCCCGGUAUUGGCUACGGGCUUAUCUACCUUCCGUCUAUUGUUUGUGUAGCGUCAUACUUUGAUAAACGACGAGCCUUUGCUUCCGGAAUAGGGGUCAGUGGAACUGGAAUAGGAACCUUUGUAUUCAGUCCCGUUACUAGUCUACUUGUUCAAAACUACACCUGGCGAGGGGCGAUUUUAGUGCAUGCUGGACUGCUCCUCAACUGCGUCGCUUGUGGUCUUCUAUUUUUACCUUUGCAGAAUCAUGAAAGCGAUAACGUAAAGGAUUGUUUAGCAAUUGAUUCCGAGCAAGACAAUCCAGUCAAUAGUCGUGGACAUUUCGAAGAAAGCUCACCUAGUCGUGCCGCUUUUACCAAAUCUAAGUAUCCGACAUUAGUGCCGUUCUGUGACCAUACCUCGAAUAAUUCCAUUGAUACAAAUGUCCCUCGACCAGAAAUCCAAGGCCUUUUAGCAUAUAUUGACAACAACGACACUUCCACAAAUGACAACAUUUGUACAAGCAAACAGACCAGUUCCUAUCUGUCAAUAAAUGACAAGGGGCAAUCCACGUGUCCAUGUGCUUAUCCAAUCGAAAGAUGUAUUGCUAGUAUCAAGGAACAAUUUGACAUUACUAUAUUCAAGGUUGCGCCAUUUAACCUGUUUAUGUUAUCGUCGUUUCUGUACAGUCUCGGGUAUUAUGUUCCAUACAUAUACCUUCCAGACACUGCAAUUGAAUUUGGUAUUAACGAGCUGGAAGCUGCCUGGCUUCUCUCCAUAGUUGGUAUAACCAACACCGUUGCACGCGUCCUGUUUGGCUUCCUAUCAGACCGGAAGUGGGUCAAUCGGCUCUUCCUUUACAACACGGCUCUAGUUAUCUGCGGCGUUUCCACUACGGCCGCACCUUUUCUGACGUCAUUUUGGUCUCUUGUCGUGUACUCAACCUUAUUUGGAGUGUUUAGUGGCGUUACUGUGUCGCUUACCUCUGUAUUGCUGGCAGACAUUGUCGGCAUAGAGAAGCUGUCUUGCGCUUUCGGAAUGACCAGCUUUAUCUCGGGAAUAGCUGUCCUCGCCGGUCCACCAAUAGCUGGUUGGCUGUUCGACAUCUCAGGAAGUUACUUGAUUCCUUACGUUGGAGCAGGCGUUACUAUAGCAGCAAGUGGUGCCAUUUUAUUUCUCAUUCCUUUGAUUGAUAACAAUCUAUGCCACAUCACUAAUAAACAAACAGUGUAA